AUGCUUCAAAAAUUCAUAUUUUUCCUGCUUUUUUUGGUCUUGGCCUCUGCCAAAACCAUUUGCCCCAAAGGAUUCGCCCUAAUAAAUGGUAACAAGUGCUUAAAUAUAUUUUCGGACCACUACAAACAUCGAGACGCCGAAACUAAGUGCUCUGAAUUUGGAGGAACUCUAGUUACAGUACAUAAUGCAAUUGACAACACAGCAGUGGCGAAUUUUGCCGGAGCAGCUGUUGCUCAGUACACUUGGCUUGGAAUCUUCUGUUUUGGAAAUACCACAGCUCAAUGUUACUCGGAUGAUGGGUCCGGUGCCUUGGGCUACAGUAAUUUUAUUCCUGGGCAUCCGAAAAUCGAUGGUGGCUUUGGUGGAUGUGUUUAUAUGCAGACUUAUGGUCCGGCAAAGGGCAAAUGGUAUAGUGGACCUUGUGAUGUCACAAGAUUGGCUUUUGUUUGUGAAGCGCCGACUACAGUGGAAGACCCGACGUGUACCUACAACUACGAUGGCAACUGCUACUACCCAUCAUUCGGAAUGAAGUACUCAUCCGACCUCAAUGGAACAUUUUCCGACGCGGAAUACCUCUGCAACUACUUCUACCAAAGUCCCCUAGUCUCCAUUCACUCCAGAAUGGAGCUAGAUUUCAUCAGAAGCAUUUUCAAGAACAAUCUCCGAGGAGGAUUCAAUAAGGCUUUUAUUGGUGCCAAGCCGAGUGCAAAUGGAGAUUGGGAAUGGACUGAUAACAGCAAAAUGGACUAUCAGAAUAUGGAUCCAGUCUCCGAGAAGCCUGGAAAAUGUUUGGUCAUGGAUUUGACGGCGGACAGGGCGGAUAAUGGAAUGUGGUCUAGAAUGGAUUGUACUAAGGAUACGAUUUUUGCGUGUAAGAAGAAGAUUGAGGGUCCGGCAAGUGUGGAAAUGAAUGUUAAUCCGAAAUUUAAGCAAGUAGAGAAAAAAGCUCAAAAACUCAUCAACCUCGCCGACAUGUCCCAUUGCAACGCCACCCUCUUCCUAGCGCCAGGAGUCGUCACGUCCUUCGACUACCCCAGUAAACAAGCUCCGCCCACUUUCUGUACCUGGAGAAUUGCUGUCCUUGGAGCCUAUCGCCUUGGUAUCUACUUCUCCGAUUUCUCCCUAGGAGACACAUUGAAGGUUUAUGACGAGUUUGGAAACAUUCUGGAUGAUCCUCAUGGCACUCGGGCUCCGUAUGGAAAGUUGGCUCCAACGAAUAUUAUUACAAUGACCCAUGAUGCUUCAUAUGAUGCUCAAUGGUCGUAUCAUGGCUUUAGUGCCACUAUUUUGCCCUAUGUGUAA